AUGGUGGUCAACAGCUUGACUCAACUCUUCGAUCUAGUCGGCGUUGUACUUCUGGGCCUGAACUCAUCAGGCGCCAGCAGUGCGUCAAUGCUGGUCGAUCUGAUCAUCUCCUACUUUUCCACGGUUCUUAUGUUCUUUCUGGGACUGAAUCGCUAUGCUGCCUUUUCUGCUCCGCGUCUUUAUGAGACAAUCAUGAAUUUAAAGACUAUACGGUUGAUCCUCGUUGGAUCUCUUGCUGGAUCUGUCGUCAUCAGCUUCGUGAUAUUUUACGCGAGCGGAUGUGAGAGAGUUUUCGAAGGUGACAAAAUGGUAGACUACGUGGAAGACACUGCAUACAUUCAGGUGGGUUAUUAUGUGAGACGGUCAAGAGGCGCGAUUCUUCGAGAGGUCACCAACUCAAAGGCAACGGCUCAGCAGAAUGACAACUGUGGGAUAUCGUUCCACCGUUCUCCAUCCCCUGAUUGAGC